AUGCCUAGCGCUGUGAAAGGCCCGCAGACCUUGUACGACAAGGUGUUCGAAAGCCAUAUCGUCGACGAGCAGGACGAUGGCACAAUCCUCCUCUACAUCGACCGACACUUGGUCCACGAGGUUACUUCGCCUCAAGCCUUCGAGGGGUUGACCAACGCUGGACGAAAAGUUCGACGAACAGACAACACUCUUGUUACCGUCGACCACAACACUCCCACCGCCCCUCGAUCGACCUACAAGAACGUCAGCCAAUUCGUCAAAGAGGAUGACUCGAGACUACAAUGCGAGACACUGGAACAGAAUGUCAAGGACUUCAAGCUCACGUACUUCGGCUUGGGCGACAAGAGACAAGGCAUCGUGCAUGUGAUCGGUCCAGAGCAAGGCUUCACACUCCCAGGCACGACUGUCGUAUGCGGAGACAGCCAUACCAGCACACAUGGCGCGUUCGGUGCUCUGGCCUUUGGCAUCGGCACAAGUGAGGUCGAGCAUGUUUUGGCCACGCAGACGCUCAUGACGAGGAGGAGUAAGAACAUGAGAGUGCAGGUAGAUGGACAGCUGGCUCCCGGUGUGAGCAGCAAGGACAUUAUCCUUUAUGUGAUUGGCAAGAUUGGCACGGCUGGUGGCACGGGGCAUGUGAUUGAGUACUGUGGAAGCGCAAUCCGAAGUCUAAGUAUUGAGGCUAGGAUGUCCAUCUGCAACAUGAGCAUCGAGGCUGGAGCAAGAGCAGGUCUGGUGGCGCCUGACGAGACUACCUUCGAAUACAUCAAGGGUCGACCGCUUGCACCAAAGCCUGACUCUGCUGAGUGGAGGAAGGCUGUCAAGUACUGGGAAGGUCUGAAAUCGGAUCCCGACGCGAAGUUCGACGAGGACAUCUUCAUCGACGCGAAGGACAUUGAGCCUACCGUGUCAUGGGGUACGAGCCCUCAGGACGUCGUUGGCAUUACUGGAAUGGUCCCAGCACCAGAAGACUUCGACGACAAAGACAAGAAGGAGGCUUGUGUGCGCGCGCUUGAGUACAUGGGACUCAAAGCACACACGAAGAUGACAGACAUCACACUCGACAAGGUGUUCAUUGGCUCUUGCACGAACUCGCGGAUAGAAGAUUUGAGGACGGCAGCGCAUAUUGUGAAGGGCAAGAAGAUCGCACCAAAUCUCAAGCGCGCCAUGAUUGUACCUGGCUCUGGCUUGGUCAAGAAUCAAGCAGAGGCAGAAGGUCUUGAUCAGGUGUUCGAGGAUGCCGGCUUUGAGUGGCGAGAAGCUGGGUGCUCGAUGUGUCUCGGUAUGAACCCGGACAUCCUCUCACCUCAAGAACGAUGCGCAAGUACAAGCAAUCGCAACUUCGAGGGUCGGCAAGGUGCCGGUGGACGGACGCAUCUCAUGUCGCCUGCCAUGGCUGCUGCUGCCGCGCUUGUUGGCAAGCUGGCAGACGUUCGAGAACUCGCUGGCUAUGAGCAAGCUCUGCCCAGCUCGAAGUCAGCACCCAAAGACAUCCAACCGCCUACAGUCGACGACCCUGAUUCGGACGCUGAUCUCGACAACAUCCUCGACCACACUGAGGACAGCCAAGGCAACGUCGUAAAGACCGGAGCACCAUCCACCGGCAACGGCAUGCCACCAUUCAAGCAGCUCAAAGGCAUCGCAGCACCAAUGGAGCGCGCCAACGUCGACACCGACGCCAUCAUCCCCAAACAAUUCCUCAAGACCAUCAAACGCGCCGGCCUAGCCAAAGGUCUCUUCUACGCCCAACGCUGGAACGCCGACGGCACCGAGAACAAGGACUUCGUCCUCAACAAAGAGCCCUACCGGAAGUCCAAGAUCCUCGUCGUCUGGGGCCCCAACUUCGGCUGCGGCAGCUCACGCGAACAUGCUCCCUGGGCCCUUCUGGACUUCGGCAUCAAAUGCAUCAUCGCCCGCUCCUUCGGCGACAUCUUCUUCAACAACACGUUCAAGAACGGCAUGCUCCCGCUCAAAAUCGACAACGAGUCCGACCUGAAAACCAUCUUCGAGCAAGCGCAAGCCGGCAAGGAAAUCGAAGUCGACCUCGAAGCCAACGUCGUCAAAGACGCCGAGGGCAAGGAGCUGGCGAAGUUCGAGGUGGAGAGUUUCAGACGGCAUUGUUUGUUGAACGGGCUGGAUGACAUUGGGUUGACGCUGGAGAAGGAGGGGAAGAUUGAGCGGUUUGAGAAGAGGCGGACGGAAGAAACGCCGUGGUUGGAUGGGAGUGGGUAUUUGAGUCGGCAUCGGACGGGGCCGGUGAAGGUGGAUGCGGCGCCGGUGCCGAAGACGAAUCGGGGGGAAGAGAAGAGUGAGCCGUUGGAGUGGUAG